UUAAUUUUUCCAAGCUAUAAAGUGUAGUCCGGGAAAGGUGUAGAACCGUCGCGAAAACGAAUUCGACAUAAAUAAUAUUUUGCCGAUUCUGCAGAAGCUGGAACAUUAGGAUAUACUUUAAAAAUAGAUACAUAGUUAAAUAGUACAUUUAAACAUCCAAUGUUAUGGCCGCUUAUCGCUUAGCAUGGGUCGGUCGGGAAUUGGUGCGACCUGUGUCUCAAAAUAUGUUUCGUUUUGCAUCCACCUUUAGCGGACAGUCGUCGAAUAGCACUUUUCGUCUUGCGAUGAAAGGGAUGGUUUUUGGCGCUUUGAUUGGAACAGGUUGGUCCGGCUAUAAUUACUUCGUAGGAAAACCCACGGAUCACAUGAUCAAUGAAAAAAGUGGUCCAACAUAUUUGGAUCAUUUUCCUGAUGUCAGAAUUACGAGAAGGAUUGUUAAUUCCAAUGACGAUAGCGGAUUAGAGUUGGUUCUGUUCCAAUUUCAAACAUGUCCGUUUUGUUGUAAGGUUCGCGCGUUUUUGGAUUAUUGCGGCCUAACAUACUCAGUGGUGGAAGUUGACGCCGUUCUUAGACAAGGAAUCAAAUGGUCCGAAACAAAAAAGGUUCCCACUAUGCUUGUUAAAACCCGAACUGGGCAGUAUGUCCAAUUGACAGAUUCCAGUAUGAUAGUUUCUGUACUAUCCAGUUAUCUUAGGGAUAAAAGUCAAGAUAUUGAUGAACUUGUAAAAUAUUAUCCUUCAGUUACGUACGUUAACGAUGCAGGAAGAAAAACAAGUGAUAUUAUGAACAAAUAUUUCUUGAUGCUGCACGAUACAGAAAAGCACAUCCGCAAUGACCCGCAAGAUGAAGAGCGGAAAUGGCGGACUUGGGCUGAUGAGCAUCUGGUUCAUUUAAUUUCUCCUAAUGUUUACCGGAACAGAGAUGAAGCAUUGGAAACUUUCGAGUGGUUUUCGGAUGUGGGUGAGUGGGAUGUGCACUUUCCCAAGUGGGAACGAAAUAUGAUGGUGUACGUUGGCGCAAUAGCCAUGUGGGCUAUUAGCAAGCGACUCAAGAAACGCCACCAGUUAACUGACGAUGUGCGAUCGCAUAUAUAUGACGCCUGUGACAAAUGGAUUGCAACUAUUGAACAGAAGAAAACGCCUUUUUUGGGAGGAAAAAAACCGAAUCUUGCCGAUUUGGCGGUAUUUGGUGUACUUAAUAGUAUGGAAGGAUGUCAAGCUUUUAAAGAUUGCUUAGACAACACAAAGAUUGGUGGUUGGUUCUACGCCGUACGAAAAGAAGUAAUGACUAAUUGUGGUCAUACUGCAUGAAUUUUAUAUUGCUUAGAAUUAUUUUACAAAUAAAUUAGUAAUUUCCAGCAAUAAACCUCAAA